UAAGGAUGGCUACACUUGUUGAAGCUGAGCCUGGGUGUAGGUGGGCGUGGCCGAUCUCCCUCCAUGUAACCCCUGACCCGGCCGGUCUAACGGCACAGUCGCGAGGCGGUUAUACGAGGACCCUGUAUCAGCGCACUGACUGACUCGCACAGGAGACAUGGCUACGGGCACACCGGGCAGGAGCACGUCACAGGGACCGGCGGCGGGGGCUCAAUCCCCGGGCAGUCCGACCCGCCUGAGCCGGCUGCAGGAGAAGGAGCAGCUGCGGCACCUGAAUGACCGGCUGGCCGCCUACAUCGAGCGGGUCCGCUCCCUGGAGUCCGACAAGGCCGGCCUGAAACGGCAGCUGGAGGAGCAGGAGGAAGAAUUCGCGCGGGAGGUGAGCAGCCUCAAACUGCUCUAUGAGACCGAGCUGGCCGACGCCAGGAAACUGCUGGACCAGACCGCCAACGAGAGGGCCAGGCUGCAGGUGGAUCUGGGCCAAGUCCGGGAGGAUCACCGGCUGCUGCACAACAGAAAUGUGAAGAAAGAAAAUGAUUUGAACCUGGCUUUGAAUCAACUGCGAGAUUUUGAGUCAAAACUAAAUUCUAAAGAAGCUGAACUGGCAACAGUUUUGUGUCAAAAUAGAAGUAUAGAAGGGGAACUUAAAGAUGUGAAAUCCCAGAUAACUAUCGCUGAAGCUUCUUUACGGGAUACCACCAAGCAGCUGCAUAAAGAGAUGCUAUGGAGAGUUGACCUGGAAAAUAAGAUGCAAACUCUUCGAGAGCAGAUGGACUUUGAAAAGUCCAUUCAUGAACAGGAAGUCCGGGAGAUGAGGAAACGCCAUGAGUCUAAAUUAGUUGAGAUAGACUCUGGUUGUCGAACAGAAUUUGAAAGCAAAUUAGCCACAGCUUUGCAAGAGUUGAGAAGAGACCACGAGCGACAAAUCACAGAAUACAAGGAACAGUUGGAGAAAACGUUUAGUGCCAAGUUGGAGAAUGCCCAGCUGGCGGCAGUAAAGAACAAUGAUUAUGCUAGUGCCACCAGGGAAGAGAUCAUGUCCACGAAGCAAAGAAUAGACUCUUUAACAUCACAGCUGAGCCAGUAUCAAAAGCAGAACUCUGCACUUGAGGCUAAACAAAGGGAUCUUGAGGAUAUGCUAGAAAAUGCAUGUGAAUCACACAGAAGGGAAAUGAAUGAGAAGGAUCAUGAAGUGGCUGAGAUGCGACAACGGCUGCAGAUUCAACUGGAUGAAUAUGAGCAGUUGCUUGAUGUAAAACUGGCCUUGGAUAUGGAAAUAAAUGCUUAUAGAAAGAUGCUGGAAGGAGAGGAGCAGAGGCUAAAACUGUCACCAAGCCCUUCACAGAGAACUUCAGUUUCUCGAUUAUCACGUGGGAAGAAGAGGAAACUUGCAACUGAGAGAGCUGAAUCCAGAAGAGAGUUUGAAGUUGUCCAGAAAGGCUCUUCAGUAGGGCCAGUGACUAUAAAUGAUAUCGAUCCGGAUGGAAAAUAUGUCAGAUUGGUGAACAGUUCAGAAGAGGAUCAGCAAAUGCAUGGAUGGACAGUUAGGCGACAGCAUGGAAGUCUAACUGAUAUAGUGUACAAGUUUCCUGGCAGAUUUGUACUUGAAGCAGGUCAAAGUGUAACUAUUUGGGCUGCAUGUGCAGGCGCUGUGCACCGCCCGCCGUCUGACUUGGUUUGGAAAUCUCAGAUAUGUUGGGGCACAGGUGAUGAUGUUAAAUUAACACUUUUGGACUCCACUGGUGAAGAAUGUGCUGAGAGUACACUAAAGCUGAUAUUCAGUGAUGAGAGUGAAAUGGGUGAAGAAAUUUAUGAAGAGGAGUUUACAUCGUCUCAUUUUCAUGCCCAGCCUCACCAACCAGUGGAUCCCAGCUGUUGUGUCAUGUAA